CCGCUGGUAGCGCCUGUGCCAUGGGGCUGCCCACUCUGGAGUUCAGCGAUUCCUACUUGGACAGCCCGGAUUUCAGGGAGCGCUUGCAGUGUCACGAGAUUGAGCUGGAGCGAACCAACAAGUUCAUCAAGGAGCUCAUUAAGGACGGCUCUCUGCUCAUUGGGGCGUUGAGGAAUCUGUCUAUGGCAGUGCAGAAAUUUUCCCAGUCAUUACAAGAUUUCCAGUUUGAAUGUAUUGGUGAUGCUGAAACAGAUGAUGAAAUUAGUAUUGCUCAGUCACUAAAAGAAUUUGCAAGACUACUCAUUGCAGUAGAAGAAGAAAGGCGAAGACUG